AGAAGGUUUUCGCCAUACUGCCAACAGCAUGUUGUUGUAACCAACUCCUGAAACAUUAAAAGGUCCUUUUACCGGAAUUAUGAGCAAAUACUGCUUGUGUUUAUAUCUCUGGUAGACACCAAGCUCAGCUCCCGCUCAGCAACCAGACAGUCAGGUCAAGGUUCAAAGGUCAGGCGGUGUCACCAUGGUGCGUAACGUGGACGACCUGGACUUCUGCCAGUCCACCCACGCCCAGAGCGUCCUGGACGGGCUGCGCUCCCUCUGCUCUCACCCCAAACUGGUGGACGUCACCCUGAGCGCUCGAGGCCGUGACUUCCCCUGCCACCGCGGCGUGCUGGCGCUCUGCAGCUCCUACUUCCGCUCCAUGUUCUCUGGGGACUUUGUGGAGAGCAUCGCGGCCCGGGUGGAGCUGCAGGACGUGGACCCGGAUGUGCUGAGCACCCUGCUGGACUUCGCCUACACCGGCAAGCUGACCAUCAACCAGGGCAACGUGGAGGGGCUCAUGCACACCUCCAGCCAGCUGCAGUUCCAGGCAGUGCGGGCUGUGUGCGGCCGGUACCUCCAUAAUCAGAUCGAUGCCACCAACUGCCUGGGGAUUCUAGAGUUCGGGGAGCUCCACGGCUGUCCAGAGGUAGUGGCCAAGGCCUGGGCCUUCCUGCUGGAGAACUUUGAGGCAGUGCAGCAGGGAGAGGAGUUCCUACUGCUGGAGAAGGGCCGGCUGGUGGCAUGCCUGGCUAACGAGACCCUGCAGACCCGGUCGGAGCGGUCGCGGGUGGAGGCAGCGCUGGUCUGGGUCCGGCACGAGGAGGCCUCGCGGCUGGACAGCCUUCCAGAGCUGCUGGGCCUGGCCAGGCUGGCCCUGCUGCCCCUGGAGUACCUGGGGGAGACCCUGCUGAAAGACAGCCUGCUGCAGAGCUCCGACUGCUGCAGGGAGGCUGUGGAGAGGCUGUACAGAGAGAAAAUGAACCUGGGUCCAGGGGAAGUGGUGGAUGGUGGUAGUGAGAGUCCACAGCCCAACCUGCAGGAGGUGCUGUUCGUCAUGGGGGGUCGCUCGCUGGAUGACUCUGAUGAUGAAGAUGAGGAUGAGGAUAGAGAUCCCAGACUGCUGCCCAGGAACUGUGGCUUCUACAACACCAAGACUAAACAGUGGCAUCAGCUUGCAGACUUCCCUAACUACAACAAGUGGGGAUACUCACUAGUUUCUUUGAAUAAUGACGUCUACGUCACAGGUGGGUUUUCUGGAGCUCUGCCUCACAUCCACCCUGGAGGUAACCCCCCUCUGCCUCACAUCCACCCUGGAGGUAACCCCCCUCUGCCUCACAUCCACCCUGGAGGUAACCCCCCUCUGCCUCACAUCCACCUUGGAGGGGGUUCGCGGGGCUCUCAGACUAACACGUGGUCGACCACGGAGACCUGGAGGUACACCACGAGGGAGGGCGGCUGGGCGAAGGUGGCCCCCAUGCUCCGAGCCCGGACCAACCACACCUCGGUGACGCUCAACGGAGAAAUCUACGUCAUCGGAGGCACAACACUGAACUAUGUGGAAGUUGAACAUUACGACCCUUACACUGACACCUGGGGUAUGACCUGCCCUGCCCUCAGAUAUGUGACCAACUUCACUGCCACGGCGUGUCACGGGAAGCUGUACAUGAUUGGCUCCUGUGCCGUGAAGUACAACGCUUUGACCAUGCAGUGCUACAACCCUGUCAUAGAUGGAUGGAGCGUGAUCUGCUCUCCCUUCAUCCCCAAGUAUCUCUCCUCUCCUCGCUCUGUCUCGGUGGACGGACUCAUCUACCUGAUUGCUGACAACACCAAGAAGGUGUACCUGUAUGACCCUGAGGCCAACAUGUGGCAGAAGGUCCAGUUCCUGCACAUGCUCCAUGAGAACGGGGGCCUGGUGGUUCUGGACGGCCACCUGUAUGUGACGGGGGGCCACUGGAAGGGCAUGGAGGGGGACUACGGUGUGGAGGUGGAGGCCUACGACCGAGCCUCCAACUCCUGGCAGGUGGAGAGCUUCCUCCCUCGCCUCUGGUUCUACAGCGGGGUGUGUUCUGUGUUCCUGGACCCGGCACAGUGGCCAGAACCAUUCCCUGUGGAUGAGGAAUGACGGACGGAGGCUGAGGAUGAAGACUGAGGGCUGAGGAAGAAGACUGAGGGCUGAGGAAGAAGACUGAGGGCUGAGGAUGAAGACUGAGGGCUGAGGGGUUGGACAUGUGGAUGAGGGCUGUAGGAAGGACAGGGCCUCAGGGUCCUAGUGCCAGCUGCUCCUGUCUGCGCUACAUGCAUGCAGAGUUAUUGUGAACAUCAUCAGGGAGUUUGUGUCCCAGAAUAGCAGGUUGCUACAUGCUCUCAUAUUUCGUUAUUCUUUUUUGGUAUUUGUGUGGAGCUCAUAAGAUGUGUUUAUUUAUACCUUCUGUAACCUGCCUCGGAUGUUUUCACUUUUUUUUGUUGUGUUUGUAUUUUAGGAUCCCUAAUGGAGUUAAUAAAUAUUUGUAGAAAA